CGCUAAUGCACUGUGAACAGGGACAAGCAAGAGAGCGAGUCACACACACACACACACACACACAUUCACAUACGCACAUGCUGCCUCUGUCACACACCCUCACACCUUCACACUGUGUCACAUAUACACACUCCCUCACACGUGUGCGCUGAGGCAGAGAGGUGCCUUGCUCGGGAGACACACUUUCUCCUCACACACACUCAUGGACACACACUGUGCAGCUGGACUCAACAGAACCAGACCGGACUACUGUCACCCACCGGUGGAGACUCUCGCAUGAGCGGCGGCACCACAGCGUCUACCGGUGCGGGUGAACGCAAAGGGGUGAUGCCAGGAGAGCUUGAGAGACAGUGAGGGAACAAGCCGCACUCCGUCCAGCAGCGUCCAUCCGCACCCCCCUUCGUCCUCGUCCCAGCUUGCAGAGCUGAUACCUCAGGUCGGACACUUUUAUUUCUACUUCUCUGACAUUGUUUCGGAUGGGGACAUUUUACAGGUGAGGGACAGAAAGACAAAGGAGCAGUGUCACUCCUCUGUUAUUUUUGGAGAGUUGACAUUCAGGCGUUUUUCGUCCAGACGUCUGAUCUGCAGGACUGAGCGGGUUACGAGGACUAAAUGUGAUUUUUUUUUUUUUUUUGGUGUCAUCAUGCAGCGGACGGUUCUGUGGUUGAAUCCUUUCGGACGUGGUUGAGUCAAACUUCAUUGGAGCUCCAGGAGGAAUCUAAGGGUGCACUCGGACUGGGACAGAGGCACCAGGGCACAUCGCUGGGCUACUGGUUUUUGGGUGGAUAACAUGACGUGUUCCAACAGAGGAACAGUGACGUAUAAAAUCUUCACCUGAACCUCACUCGCAACCAGAAAACAAGGACAUUUAAAGGCUCGUCGAUCCAAACCUCAACGAGCACCAAUUUUCCGUUUUGGGUGGGCCUUGGAGGGAUCCACCCGAAAUAUCCUCCACCUCUUUCUCUGCCUUUUUUCCCAGCUGCUUCGGUCCAUCCUCAGAAGCACCCUCCUCCGCUCUGCACCCCUCCCUCAGCGGUGCUCCGUCGCCCUGGGUGAGCGGGCAGGGGGGUGGCCCACGGUACCCCCCGACACCUGGGCGCCACCGAGCCGCCUGAGGCUGGUGAGGCGGCGGCAGGGUCAAGAUGGCCGCUCUCGCCAGCUCCCUCAUUCGCCAGCGCAGGGAGGUCAAGGACCCCCAGGCGAACCGGCAGAUCGCCAGCAAGCGCAAGCCCUGCCCAAAGAGCAACAAGUCGCUCUGCCAGAAGCAAAUCCUCAUAUUAAUAUCGAAGGUUCGACUAUGUGGCAGUCGAGGGAGAAAAAUGGAAAAGAGACCAGAGCCCCAGCUGAAGGGCAUCGUCACGCGGCUUUACUGCAGACACGGCUUCUACCUCCAGAUGCUGCCGGAUGGCACCAUGGAAGGCACAAAGGACGAAAGCAGCUCCUUCUUGCAGUUCAACUUGAUUCCUGUGGGGCUCAGGAUAGUGGCCAUCCAGAGCACCAAGACAGGGCUGUACGUUGCCAUGAACAGCGAGGGCUACCUCUACACUUCGGAACACUUCACGCCGGAGUGUAAGUUUAAGGAGUGUGUGUUUGAGAACUACUACGUCACCUACUCGUCCAUCCUGUACAGGCAGACCCAGUCGGGCCGGGCGUGGUACAUCGGCAUCAACCGGGACGGACAGGUCAUGAAGGGGAACCGCGUGAAGAAGACAAAGGGAGCCGCUCACUUCCUGCCCAAACUCAUUGAAGUGGCCAUGUACCGGGAGCCCUCUCUACAUUGCGUCGCAGCGUCGCAGAGUCCGCCCAGAAAAACGCCCAAGACCUCCAGUGACUCACCCGUGCACAAGAACGGCAAGAAGGACCCUCAAUCCAAAACCAAAACCUCCACCUCCUAGCGCUCAGAGACACGGGUGGGAGAGGAGGGGGGUGGAGGACACUGGGCACCAGCGGACACCUGAACGGGGUUGUUAGGGCUACCCCCCCCUUCCCCAUCUGCAACACUGACCCCACGAGAACUCUGCGUACCACAAUGCACUUGGAAAAAAGAGCAGAGUGGAGCUGGCUAAUGGGAAGCCCCUUUUACCCUCAAAGACCCCCCCAUCCACACCAGCCCUCCACCUUCUUAUUAGCCUGGGAUAUAAAAGCAAUAACUCCAUGAAGAGGCGAACAGUCGCCGAGCAUAUAGCAUGUCACCACAGCGUGUUUUAACCUGCCGGAAGGGAAAUCCCACACACGUCCCUCUAGCCGCCAUCAGCGACAUCCUUCCAGUCAACCAAAUAUCCGAGAAUAAGUCUUCCUGGUUUCACCCGCAACGGGGUGCAACGGUCAAAUGGGCACAUACUGUACAAAUGGGUUGUGUUUUUUCUUUUCCCCAAAGGGGUUCCAUGCUAAUGUUAGCCUGACACGGAGCCAUACUAAUGCGAGGCUGUCACAGAGACCCUUGCAGACUUUUUGUUCUGCGGCCAUCUGCUCAGUCCACCAUCUUCUGUGCGAGUCAGCGACUUUGUGAGAUGGCCUGGAUACUUGUCAGCCCUGUUUGUGUGUGUAAGUGUGUGUAUGUGUGUGUGUGUGUUCCCUUCUUCUUCCAUUCACCUUUGGCGCGAUUUGAUUAGUUUGUGACAUGGACUCAAUUUUCCACUCGGCGGCACAAGAAAACCCCUCCCGUCCUCUCCGGCUCUGUUAAUGGAGUCUGGAGCUGAUCAGAAUCUUUCGACCCUUAAACGAGGGGCCAAGAGCUCCCUCGACACACCCCACAUAACCACACACACACACACUCGUUAUUACACUGACAUUUAUACACACACACACUUUAACGUCCUGAUAUCCAUGAGAGACGGCCGCAGAAAAUGAUCUCACGACUUAACACACUUAACACAAUGACAUGCAUUAACACACUCACAAAUGCACAUGCCGACGUGGUUGGUGAGUGUGUGUGUGUGUGCGGGUUCUGGGAGAUGAUGAGGAUGUCAUCAGUGAGAUGGGGUUCUGAUGGAGCCUGACUGUUGUAGCUUAUGAUUGCACCGCAAUAGCUUUUUUCACUGUGGCUGGCCAUGCAUCGCACAAACCCCCCGAGGCCCACAUUCAUUAUCUGUGGACCCUCUAUCACUCAAUGUGGGAUUCUUGUCUAAAAAUACAAACUAAAAAUGUGUUUUUAAUUAAUUAUCACAUCCAAAUUGUGAUACCACCUUAUGAUGAAUGAAAAAAGAAAAUGUGCGUAUGAUCUGCAGAUUUCAUGCUACCCCCAUCGCUGUCCCCAUGCCACAAAUAUUCAAUGUACAACCAUUUUUUAAAGGGGCACUCCACCCGUUUUACAUGUAUAUGUAAGCACAUAGUAAGGAGUAAAAGUCAGGUGAUCUUGGCUUCGACUGUUAUCAGGCCAUUAAAGCUGAAGUAGGCGAGAUUGGAGCAAAUAUGAUUUAAAAAAAGUUAUUUUUAUAAAGCGUGUAUCGUAUAUCGUGACAGUAGAACAUGAAACAGGU